GUUUUUAUGUUGGCUAUGUUGGCAGCCCGAUGAGUUUGACAGUUGACGUCUGUCAACAGAGGUAACAUCGGAAGGACGUGACGUCAUAGAUUUCUUUUCCACACGUUUUCGUAGUGAUCGGCAGCAGCAAAUUUUAGAUCAAAAUGGGUCGUGUACGUACCAAAACCGUCAAAAAAGCCUCUAAGGUCAUCAUCGAGAAGUACUACACUCGUUUGACCAUGGAUUUCCAUACUAACAAGCGUAUCGUAGAGGAAGUUGCUAUCAUUCCGACCAAGCCGCUGCGUAACAAAAUUGCCGGUUUCGUCACCCAUUUGAUGAAGCGUCUGCGCCACUCGCAGGUCCGAGGCAUUUCGAUCAAACUGCAAGAAGAGGAACGUGAGCGACGUGACAACUACGUACCCGAGGUAUCUGCCCUGGAACAGGACGUCAUCGAAGUCGACCCAGAGACCAAGGAGAUGUUGAAGCUGUUAGACUUCAGUAACCUUCUCGUACAAGUGACGAACCCAACGGCCCAGGGUGGAUACAGCAGGCGUAACUAGGAUGUAGGAAUCAGAGAACCCAGACCGAGGAAACGCGGUGUUGUUCUAUCUCCAAACCUAAUUGAGUAAAA